AGGAGGACUCUGAUUGGACAGUCCUGUGCGCGUGUCCGCCCGUCAUAUAAAAACCCUGAGUUUAAAUUUUUUCGCUCCCGUUCUCUCUGAACUCAUCACAGGUUUUCUUUGAUUUGUGAUCAGAGGUUCGUACGUACUUCACGACUGAGACUGAUCAUCGCCCUCAAGACUCAUCGCACUCAAGACUCAUCGCACUCAAGUCAUCCUCAAGACUCCCGGAGCAGAUUUGUUCACACUCACACCAUCACAUUUUAUAUAAAAUAUAUUAGGUUAUCUUAGAUAAUUUAAGUUAAGUAGUUAAGGUAGGUUAGGGUUUAGGUCACUUAAACUUUGCAAGAAGUUUUUUCUUUUUUUUUUCUUUUUUUUUUUUGUCUUCUGUCCAGCAGGAUGCCAAGGAAGGGGAGGAGGUCUGAGGCGGCCAGGCGCCGAUGGAGUAAGCUCGCCCUGGAGGAGCCGACUCCCUCCACUUUCCCCCUGAAGACGGUGUCCCCCCCGGCCGGAGAGGAGCCUUCCACAGGGUCGAGGACCAGGGAGACCCACCCCCCCUGCUCCCGAGCUCCAGUCAGCAACUUGGUUGGAUCUUCACCCCCAGCCAAGCCUUUCUGGAGCACGGGAGAUGUCCUUCCCAAAGUUCGGCCAUGCCGCGGUACCGGGUUCCGCCAUCGGGUGCUGAGGUGGCCAACUUCAAAGCUCACAGGACGGAGCCACAAGUUGGUCAUCCCGCCGGAGUCUCCUCACAAGAAGUUCGUUCUGAUUGUCGGGGACUCCCACCUGCGGUCCAUUGCGGACGGUUUCGCCGUGAUGCCAGAGGGUAAGUUCUCGUUUGGCGUCAUGUCGACCCCUGGGGCCCACGCUGCUCAGCUGCGGACGGAGGUCCUGCAUGCUGAUCUUCCUCGGGCCCCUGCUGCGGUCUGUGUUCUUGCCCCCAGCAACAACCUGACGGCGAGCAGGACCAUCGAGGAGGCAGCCGUCGACUAUGCAAGUUUCCUCACUGCUGUGAGGAGCCGCUGGCCGGAGGUUUUUGUGCUGGACUUCCCCCCCCGCCUGCAGGAGGAUGAGAUGUACCAGGUUCUCCUGCGCCAAGAGUACCACCGCGUGACAGCUCGUAUGGGUGUGAGGUACUUCUCUGUGGCGGAGCACUUCCCCCUUACGCGCUUGGAGCUGUGGAGCAGAGACGGCGUUCACCUGAGUGACCGUGAAGGGAUGGGCAUCCUCACCCAGCUGCUGUGGGCCGCGACGGAGCAGUUCCUCAAGACACCACCACCUCCCCCGGUGUCUCCCACUCCUUCACAGCCACUUGGGAAGGUAUCUCCUAAGCUGGUUGUGAAGGGCGAGGUAUGUGCUCCUCUGUCUCCUGACCCCUUCCAGUGGAAGGUCGUUGGUCGGAGAAGCAAGUCGCAGGUUCCUGGUCAGGCCAGCGUGGCGCAGCAGCAGGAGGAGUCCUUCCUCCCACUGAACCCAGUGUGGUUCAGUAGCACGAUCCUUCGUGCUGUGGAGGAGGUGUCUCCUUCUCGGCUGUCUGGCGUGGAGGACUGCAGGUCUCCUCCAGCGAGCAAGAAGGUGGCCUCCCCAGCGGCAGCCAGGCGUCGUAGGACCUCAGAGAGACGCCCCCCCCACCACCAGUCUCCUGUGAACAACCUGGUUGGAUCCCCUCCAAUCAGGCUGUCACAGAGACUGGAGGACGACGCCCCCUCCAGCCCGGUUCCUCGGUCCAGGACCACGGACGGACCAUCCCCCCGCACCCAAAUUUCAGUGACCAACCUGAUGGAGUCCCCUCCAGUCAGGUUGUCCUGCAGUUUGGGUGAUCCGGAGACCCCCUGCUGUUCCCCGGUUGCGAAGGUGCCCAGGAUGAAGACUCCUUCACCGGCUGGACCAUCCAAGACCAUUAAAGAUGUGGCCCAUCAGUCUCCUCGCCCAGCUAAGACAUGGACACCAUUUCCCUCAUCGACUUCCUGGCCCUGGAUAAUCGGCGAUGGACUCUCCAGCUCCCCUGCUAAAGAGGCGAGCGUCAAGGUAAGUGUGACGGUAAGUGGGGGUCAGUCUGUUGUUGUUAGGGCUAGCCACAGUCAGGCAGACAUGAGGUACAGUGAAUUCUCUAGAAAUCAUCAGUGUUCCUGCAUGUCCCUGACUUUUCUCGCUUUUGAGAAUGAGGGUGAUCACUUUAACACGGCUGCCCUCGAUAGAGUGCUGGCACAGGGAGAUUCACUGUACGUAGCAGUGAAACAACAGCUGAUCCUGGAGAGAAGAUACAAUGAUGACCAUCUUAGCGUUGAGGAAAUGCCAAAACAAGUCCUGACAGACACAAAUAUGUACAAUGUCCAUAUGUCCGACAUUAAAUGUGGACUUGUCAAAGCCAGCAGCAACGGAAACCAGGGUCUCCUUUCCCUUGCUGAAGAGCUUCAGUGUCUGUCAGGUCAUGUUAGGCAUGCGUUCAUCAUUGUAUCUCCAGAGGUUAUUGCAGUUUUCCGUGACAAAUCAGGGAGGUAUGGCGUGUUUGAUUCACAUGCCAGAAAUUCAGCAGGUCUACCAGACCACAACGGAACUGCAAUCAUGAAGACCUUCACUGAAAUCAGUGACCUGGCUGAGCACCUGCUCAAACUCUUUGCAGAUCGUGGACCUUUUGCCACCUAUGAGUUGGUGCUUGUGUCAUUUGAAGCCGUCGGUUCCAGUGAAUGUCUUCAGCAAUCGUUGGUAGAAAAAGUCUCCAGGACAGCUCUCCCUCCAACAAACGAAAAUAUCUUAAAACUCGGUAAAACCCAGCGACAAAAGGCCAGAAGAAGAAGUAGCAGCAAAGAGCAACAUGCACCAGUGUGCCAUGUUGUCCAAAAAAAAGGAAGCUCGGUAUAUGAAAAAAAUAAGUAUGACAAGUGCCCGGAAUUUGGAAUUAAAAAAAUGGAAGCAGACAAAAAAUAUUCACAAGACAGUAAUCGUAGGAAACGACGGUUAUUGUCUUUCAGACGUUAUUAUUUAAAAGUUCAAAGAAAAAAGAGCGUAUUAAUUAUCCAGAGAUAUAAGGAAGAUCCUGCUUUUCAGAGUAGACAAAAACAGUACAUUAAAGACAAGUAUAAGGCGGAUCCUGCUUUUCAGAGUAGACAGAAACAGUACAGUAAAGAUAAGUAUAAGGCGGAUCCUGCUUUUCAGAGUAGAAAGAAACAGUACAGUAAAGACAAGUAUAAGGCGGAUCCUGCUUUUCAGAGUAGAAAGAAAUUGUAUAUGACGACGAAGUACAAAUCGCACCAAAGCUUUAGGCAAAAGAAAAAGGAGUGUUUCUAUGCUAGGUACCACAGUGAUCCUGAGUUUAGGUUACGCUGUAUCAAACGCUGUAGCCAGCGCAGCGUAACCAAACUGUCCACAGAUGCUACUUUUUGCAUCUUUAGCAAGAUGCAGAGGGCAUUAAGGAUCAAGCGAAAAUAUAGGAAGCUAGUGCCCCACACCCCCCGCCAUUCGCAGGCCGUGAUUAACCCUGUGAUGGAAGCCGCCAUCACAGCAUUUCGCGAGCUAAUUCGUCGUGGACCAACGUGCGUUUGUACGGUGUGCAACAGAGCAAUGUUUCCUAAUCAGGUUAAAUUGUGCAAUAGGGGAAAGUACACCCAAAAACCCAGAGUGGCCGCAGCCUGCUUAACAGGCAAGUACGUCCAUUUUUGUGACGACGACUGCUCUGAACAUUGCUCUGUUGCACAAGAGCGACUGCAGGAGUGGAUCUGUAACACGUGUGACAGCCACUUGAAGAGAGGACGCAUGCCACCAAUAGCCACCGCAAACCGACUGGAGUUGGCACCGAUCCCCCCGGAGUUGGCUACGCUCAACGUGCUCGAGAGGCAGCUUAUUGCCAAAAUACUGCCUUUCGCCAAGGUUAUCGCUCUGCCCAAAGGACAGCAAAAAGCAGUCCGCGGAGCUGUUGUGUGCGUUCCAUCAGAGAUGGAAGCGACUGUCAACAGUCUCCCAAGACCCAGAUCGGAAGCGCAGCUACUUCAAGUUAAAUUAAAGAGGCGCAUUAACUAUAAGGGCUACCAGCACUUCUAUACUGUUAACAUGAAAAAUGUUUUAGCUGCCCUGGCCACGCUUAAAAAGAUGCAUUCUGAGUAUCAGGAUGUAUCCAUUAACGACAGUGCCACUUUUGACGAGUCGGUCGAUCAAGACGACUCGCAGCACAAUGUUGCUGAUGCUGCGCAGCCGGAGCAGCAUCAGGGAGACAUUGAGGCUGGCAUAGACCUCGAGGAGGUUUUUAGUAGUCAGAACGACCCGGACCCCGAUAGACGUCGUCAGCCCAAGGAAGCUGACGAAGAGGAGGAGGAGCUUAGACCUGGCCUGACUCUGGACACGUGUAUGCAGCCGCCUGACAUCGCGCAGGAAAUUCUUACGUAUGGCGAUGGAAUAUUUAGCGUUGCCCCCGCCCAGGGCAACAAACCAGUAGGGUUCUUCGCCAUACCGAAACUAGAAGCCAUGGCUUUCCCUGUGCAAUUCCCGACAGGAGAGAACACACUGGAUGAACCCAGAACCUUCUCGCUCUCACCUAGCAUGUAUUUUAAUUGCAGGCUGUUUGCUGCUGAUACAUGUUUUGCUAGCGACCAAACGUAUCUUUUCUUUGCGCAGUUUGUCACAGAAACGCACCUGGCGACAAACAGCAUGUCGAUUCAAAUGCGCAAAGGCAGGUCCAGAGCUGCAGAUGGCCGUCAUAUUAACAACCUCAUGCUCCUGGACCGAGACGAGGUGCAACGGCUCAUUAUGAGCCAAGACGCAACUCGGUUUAUGCAACCUCUUCGAGGCACCCCGGCUUAUUGGACAAAAACGCUCAAAGAUGUCCACGCCAUGGUCCGGCAAAUUGGCAAACCCACGUUUUUUGCCACGUUCUCCGCUGCCGAGAUGAGAUGGCCUGAGGUCAUAGAGGUCAUAAAAGCUCAGCAGGGAGAACUAGGGGACUUUUCAGAGCUCGACUGGAAAGCGAAAUGCGACAUUCUGCGGAGCAACCCCGUAACGGUGAUGCGCAUGUUUGAAAAGCGAGUCGAUGCUCUGAUGACCAACCUUAUCCUCUCACCAGCACAGCCCAUUGGUGAAGUAGAGGAUUACUUUUAUAGGGUUGAGUUCCAAGCUAGAGGAAGUCCCCAUAUACACAUGCUGAUUUGGAUAAAAAACUCACCCAAAUUUGACGACGCCUCUGACGACGAAGUAGCGGCGUUUAUAGAUCGCUACAUCUCGUGUGAGAUGCCUGACCCCGAGACAGACCUGGAGCUCCACGGAAUUGUCUCGGAGGUUCAGGUGCACAGCAGGAACCAUUCCAAGUCCUGCAAAAAAGGCAACGUUGCCUGUAGGUUUGGCUUCCCUAAACUGCCCGUGGAUGAAACCUUCAUCACUAGGCCCCCCGUUGUUCGCCCCUCUGGAGUUUUAGACGAAAACCAAGACGAGGCUGCUGCUAGAGAACGUAGGGAGAAGCGGGCAAUCGCUAAGAAGCGAAAGAAAGCCAAAGCCAAGCUUCAGCAAGUUAGAGACUUGCUCAUGGAUGCAGGCGCUUCAUUUAGCAGCUUGACGGAGUUGCUCGACCGAUGCGGUUUGACGCGUAAGCAGUACCGUAAGCUCUUCGACCGCGCCGCGAACAGCAACGUCGUGGUCCUGAAGCGGCAUCCGAAUGACUGCUGGGUUAAUCAGUACAACCCAGACCUGCUUCGUGCCUGGAACGCCAACAUGGACAUUCAGUACGUCGUGGAUGACUACAGCUGCAUCAUGUACAUGAUGUCCUAUGUGUCAAAGCCAGAGCAUGAGAUGACUCAAUUCCUUAAGAACGUCAUCAAAGAUGUAAAACAGUCCAACGUAAAUGAGCGUGACGAAAUGAAGCAGAUUAUGCAGGCCUAUGUUAAACAUAGAGAGGUCAGCGCUCAAGAGGCUGUUGCUCGCACCUGCAGCUUGCGUCUGAAGAGGUGCUCCCGCUCCGUUGUGUUCCUUCAGACCGACGAGGAGGGUCUGAAGAUGAGUCACCCUAUUGGCAGACUCAAGCAAAUGGAGCCGGGUUCGGAGGAGGUGUGGAUGUCGGGCCUGCCUGACAAAUACGCCUACAGGCCUGUCGAGCCGGAGUUCGAGCACAUGUGCAUGGCCGAGUUUGCGUCGGAGUACAGGGUGCUGUACGGGCAGCAAACUGAAAGUAGAAGCGGCAUCCCCCUCUUACACAACAUGGGCUUUGUUCAGAAGAGGACUGGGAAACCAGCAAUUAUUAGAUUUCCUCGCUUCUCAGAGCAGAAAACACCUGAGAAGUUCUAUAGAAGACUGCUCAAGCUUUAUCUCCCACACAGAUCCGAUGACGACCUGAGAGAUGAAGCACACCCGACCUACGAGCAGUUUUAUAAGUGUGGCCAAAAGUAUGGCGUGCGUGUCCGAGCCAUCAUAGACCGCAACAAACAACGCUAUGAAGGUCAAGGCCGGAAGCUUGACGAAGCGUUGGAACAGUAUCGGGUGCACGGCCCUAUAGUUAAUGAAUUGGACUGUUAUGCGCCUGAAGUAGAGGCAGACCGGUUAGAGUGUCUUGCAGAGCGAGAACCUGACGACGAGCGUGAAGGCCAAGAAGAAGUUCCUGAAUACGAAGUCAAAGACGGGAGGAGCUCCAUGCCUAGGAUAGAAGCGCCGCAGUUGAGUCCAGACUUUGUGAGAAAAAUGUAUCAAAGUCUGAACGAAACACAGGCUUCUAUCUUCUACAGCAUACGUCAGUGGUGCUUUGAACUUGUGUGGGGUUGCGACGUCGAGCCGUUUUAUUACUUUUUGACCGGGGGAGCUGGCUGUGGUAAAUCGCACGUAAUCAAGUGCGUUCACCAGGAGGCAACGAGGAUUCUGCGUGAGCUCCCCAGAUUCCGGGACCAUGCAGACAUGUCCCAGCCUGCGGUGCUGCUGACCGCCUUCACUGGCACAGCAGCCUUCAACAUCGCUGGCGUGACGUUGCACUCCGUCCUCAAACUGCCAAGAUCCUUGAAGCCACCGUAUCAAGGUCUUGGAAACGCCCUUGAUGAAGUCAGAGCGGCGCUAUCCAACGCGGAGAUUCUCAUCAUUGACGAGAUCUCCAUGGUUUCCAAAGAGCUGUUUGCCUAUGUCAACUGGCGUUUUCAACAGAUCCGAGGAAACAAGAAGCCGUUCGGAGGAAUUUCUGUCCUUGCUGUAGGUGACUUUUAUCAGUUGCCGCCUCCCGGUAGAGCCAAGCCGCUGUGUGUGUACGAGGAGACGGAGUUUGAUCUCUGGAAGGAUCACUUCAAAAUGGUCAUCCUUACAGAGAUCAUGCGACAGAAGGACGAUCGGGCUUUUGCUGAGCUCUUGAACCGCCUGAGAGUGAAGCAAAAGCGCGAUCCUUUGAGCGACGAAGAUAGAGGGUUGCUCACACAGGCAGUGGCCGACGUCAAGGAUUGUCCAGUUGAUAGGCUACACAUAUACGCCACCAACAAAGAAGUUGACCGUCACAACUCCGCCACUGUAGCCUCCCUCCACGAGGAUGCCAUCGACAUCGCAGCUCAGGAUUACCGUAAAAUUCCUACGACCGGCUGCAUGACGAUGGUGUUCGCCGUUAAAGGUAACCAGCGAGACUUGCCUGACAACAUAAUGGCUGCUCAAGGAGUACGCGUUAUGUUGACCAGGAAUCUCGACGUGGAGGACGGAAUUGUUAACGGAACAUUCGGAACCAUCUCACACAUUGUGAUGACGGAGCGUGAGCCAAAAUAUGUAAAGUUGAUUGGACUCCAGCUGGACAAUCCCACAGCAGGACAGAGAUUCCGCAAAAAGAUCUUGGGUCCCUCAGACAAUCUGGCCUAUAUUGAAAGGUCUGAGGAGAACCUGAGCAGCAAAAAAGGCGUUGUUCGUCGCCAGUUCCCCAUGAAGUUGGCUUUUGCCUGUACGGCCCACAAAGUACAAGGCAUGACGAUGGCGUCGGCGGUUGUGUGCCUGAAACGCAUCUUCGAACCGGGCAUGGCUUAUGUAGCUCUAAGCCGCACAACCUCGCUGGGAGGUCUGACCGUCUGCGACUUCGACGAGAAGAAGAUCUACGCCGACCCCGAGAUCAAGAUGGCUAUGGAAAGUAUGCCUCGAGCGUCUUUCCAGAGCUGUAGACCGUUGUUGAGUUUUCUUCAAUCCAUGCAACAAACUCCAAAGGUUUUGACAAUUGUCCACCACAACACUCAGGGUCUGCCAUGUCACAUGGUGGACCUGAGAGCGCAUCACGAGCUCCAACGAGCGGAUGUGCUUUGCCUUACAGAGACACAUUUGUCGGGGUCUUCUGUAGCUGAAAUUUUUCAAUUGGAGGGGUAUGCCAUGUUCCCACGUAGCAGACAGCUGUCUUACAACAGCUGUGUGGACAUGGCUAAAAAAGAUGGAGGUGGAGUUGCAGUGUACUGCAGAGACUAUGUGCAAGCAGAGCCUCGCAGGUACAUGCAACAGGUCACGGAUUUGGAGUUUGUUGUUGUUAAAAUCAAGGCUCCGGUCAAAGUACUAUUGGCGACGGUUUACAAACCGCCAAAUUUUCAAUUAGGAAUCUUUCUCCAAAAUUUGAAAAACCUCUUGGACUCAUUGGCCAUUUUAAAUCACCAGCCCAUUGUUGUUUGUGGCGAUUUUAAUGAGGAUCUUCUUUCGAAAGGAAAAAAAAGCAUCAAAGACUUAUUUCAGUCCAGAGGUUACACUCAAUUAAUUAAAGAGUCCACCACCGAGAAGAACACGCUGAUUGACCACAUUUAUAUUUCACAUCCUGAUAAGUGUCUUCAAUCAGGUGUUCUCCAAACGUACUACAGUUACCACAGUCCGGUUUAUUGUAUUUUGACCGACUAAGCCUCUCUAGCCAACACAUGAUCCAUAGAAAAGUUCGAGUUUCUGUAUCCUGUAAGGUGUGUGUGUGUGUGUGUGUGUGUGUGUGUGUGUGUAAUGCAUAUGUAGUUUCUAGGCACUCCUUGAGCCUGGUCAAGGAGUAGUUUAUCGUCACUGUUAUUGUACUCUCUCUGUAAAGUGUUAAUUGACCUUAAAUUUUUUUUUUUGUAAAAAAAAAAACCCUUCACAUUGUUUCAUUUUGUCAUAACUUGUCUGCGUGGGCGUUUUUCUUAUUUAAUUGUUUUUCAUAUACGUGUUUCAGGUCACUCAUUCAGUUUGUUCAAUGAGUGCCCAGCUUUUCAAUUGUGUAGUUUUAAGUUAUUGUUAAGACUAAUCAUUGUAGUGGCAUGUGUUGGCUGGAAAUGGUUGAAUCUUAUGUAAAUGCAGUGUAAUUGUAUUUAUUUAUGUAAUAAAGGGCUCCGCAUUAUCUUGUCAUUUACUGAGCUGCUGAGAAUGGCGGUCAAUUUAAAAUGUUAUGGAAUUGGCUUAGCUAAUGUAAUGUUAUGUAAUCUUGUAUUGUAAUGUUGCUUUAUGUAAAAUCAAGCUGAAUGUCAACAAGGUCCAUCACAAGGUAAGUAUCUCUCUUCCUUUGAAUUAUUCACUCGCGUUUGAGUAAUGUAACUAAAUCCCCCUCCCUUUCUCUUCUUCAGGCUCUCUACUGUCCAUGUUCAAAAGCAGGAGUAUCUCACAGCAGAGUGAGGAGGAAAUGAAGAGGACCACAGCUGAUCUCGUGCCAGAUGAAGACCUCCAGAAGACUAUAGCAGCUCACUCUCCAGUGAAGACAGCAACCCAGCAGAAGAACGAAGAACAAGACUCAGGAAGAAGACCUCCAGAAGAUUCCCCCCCCCCCCCCCCUUUUAUCUUUAGUUUCCUGAUUGGUUCGGUUGUCUUGUCUGCUUCUUAGAUUAGUUCUCAUUGUAUUUAGUAGGGAGGAUACACACCAGGUCCUAGGGCCUGUGAUUAGUUGACCGGUAGUACCUAAUCUGCUUUUUGUUGCUACAGUAAUGCUUUUAUGCCUGAGGACUACAGUUGACUUGUUAACUUGAGUGCAGUCCUAAAGUUUCCAUCAAUGAAACUGUCUUCAUGUUAAACUGUUCAUGUUGUUGUUGCCCAAAUGAGGAUGGGUUCCCUUUUGAGUCUGGUUCCUCUCGAGGUUUCUUCCUCAUGUUGUUGUCUGAGGGAGUUUUUCCUUGCCACCGUCGCCACAGGCUUGCUCAUUGGGGAUAGAUUAGUGACAGAAUUAGCUCAUGUUUUAAGUUGUUCAAAUUCUGUAAAGCUGCUUUGCGACAAUGUUUGUUAAAAGCGUUAGACUUAUGUUGAUUUUUGCUGACUCAUCGGGUGUUUUUCAAUGCCUUGGUUGUUUGCUUGUGUUUUAUGGAAAAAUAAACCAAAUAUCUGCUGCAAAA